CGGCCACUGCGCGGCACUCAGGGAGCUGUGCGGGGUUCUGGUUGCAACUGAGCUAAACCCAGUCAGGGCUACCAAGUUUCUCAGAAGGUUAAAAGGUCCAGAGUGUAAGACUUCGUUAAAGUGAGUCAAGAGAAGGAAGGAUUUUGUGGACUACUACAGUGUGAGUGCGGGGUGAGUCCUAGAGUCUCACUAUGUCAGGGAAACGGAAGCGAGUGGUGUUGACUAUUAAAGAUAAGCUUGAUAUAAUAAAGAAACUUGAAGACGGAGGUUCUUCCAAACAACUGGCCGUGAUUUAUGGAAUUGGUGAAACAACAGUUCGGGAUAUAAGGAAAAAUAAGGAAAAGAUUAUAACUUAUGCAAGCAGUUCUGAUUCCACAAGUCUUUUGGCCAAGAGGAAAUCUAUGAAGCCAUCCAUGUAUGAGGAACUGGACAGAGCAAUGCUGGAGUGGUUCAACCAGCAGAGAGCUAGAGGGAAUCCCAUAUCUGGACCAAUCUGUGCAAAAAGGGCUGAGUUCUUUUUUUAUGCUUUGGGAAUGGAUGGUGAUUUUAACCCCUCUGCUGGUUGGUUAACUCGUUUUAAGCAACGGCACAGCAUUAGAGAGAUUAACAUUAGAAAUGAAAGAUUAAAUGGAGAUGAGACUGCUGUGGAAGAUUUUUGUAAUAGUUUUCGAGAUUUUAUUGAACAAGAGAAUUUGCACCCUGAACAGAUCUACAAUGCGGAUGAAACUGGACUUUUUUGGAAGUGCUUACCUUCCAGGACUUCAGUAGUCAAAGGUAAAUGCACUAUCCCUGGACACAAGUCAGUUGAAGAAAGAGUCACUAUCAUGUGUUGUGCCAAUGCAACAGGUUUACACAAACUUAAACUCUGUGUUGUGGGCAAAGCAAAGAAACCUCGCUCUUUCAAAUCAACUGACACUUUAAACCUCCCAGUCUCUUAUUUCAGCCAAAAAGGUGCAUGGAUGGAUCUUUCCAUUUUCCGACAAUGGUUUGAUAAGAUUUUUGUGCCACAGGUUCGAGAGUACUUAAGAUCUAAAGGCUUGCAAGAAAAGGCUGUUCUAUUAUUGGAUAACUCACCAACACAUCCAAAUGAAAAUGUCUUAAGAUCAGAUGAUGGCCAAAUAUUUGCCAAAUAUCUGCCACCUAAUGUGGCUUCAUUGAUUCAGCCCUUGGAUCAGGGAGUUAUAGCAGCAAUGAAGAGAAACUAUCGUGCUGGUCUUCUCCAAAACAACUUGGAAGAAGGAAAUGACCUGAAGUCAUUCUGGAAGAAACUAACUCUGCUUGAUGCACUUUAUGAAAUAUCAAUGGCGUGGAACUUAAUAAAACCGGUAUCCAUUAGCAGAGCUUGGAAACAGAUUCUUCCUCAUGUAGAAGAGAAAGAAGGCUUGGAUUUUGAUGACGAAGAUAUUUCUGUGAGUACUGUGGCCACCAUUUUGCAGCAUACCAAAGGAUUGGAAAAUGUAACUACUGAGAAUAUUGAAAAAUGGCUUGAAAUAGACAGUACUGAACCAGGCUAUGAAGUAUUAACUGACAGUGAAAUCAUCAGAAGAGCACAAGGUCAGACAGAUGAAUCCAGUGAAAAUGAGGAAGAGGAAAUAGAACUAAUUCCAGAGAAACAUAUAAAUCAUGCAGCUGCUCUCCAAUGGACUGAAAGUUUAUUGGAUUAUCUAGAACAACAGGGUGAUAUGAUUCUACCUGAUAGACUGGUCAUACGUAAACUUCGAGCCACCAUCAGAAAUAAACAGAAGAUGACAAAUUCUAGCCAAUAAUGACAUUUCAUUUUUAUCAUUGUUUUAAUAAUUGUAUUUGUGAGCAUACCCCUUUUGCAACAUGGCUUAAUUUUCUUUAUGUUCUGACUUCUCAGGCAUAGUCCUAUGAAAUACAGGUAUAAAAACAUCUGUCCAAGUAUGGUGACACAAACCUAUAAUCCUAACUGCUUGGGAUGCUGAGGCAGAAGGAUUGCAGGUUUGAGGUUAGCCUUAGCAAUUUAGUGAGACCCUGUUUCAAAAUAAAAAGGACUGGGGAUGUAGUUCAGUGGUAGAUUGCCUCUGGGUUUAGUCCCCCAGUUUUACAAAAAAGCAAAAAAGAAAAAAAUCUAAGAUUUGAGGAUUUUUUUUUUUUUGCUACCUGUUGUCUCUUGUCCAUUUAUUUGUUCAGAUUAUCAGAAGCUGAUUAUGUAUAAACUAUGUGUAUACCUGUAUUGACUUUUGUAAGUCCACCAUUCUCCUUUCUAUAACAGUGGCAUUUCCUGUGAUUUUUAGUAAUAGUUAAGAGAUAACAGUGAACAGCUUUAGCACUUUUCUAAAAUCUUUUGCUUGAAUUUUCAGGGAUGCCACAGCAAUCUUUUCUUGUAACCAUCUUAAAUGGUGGUCUGUUUUGUGUUUGUAUAGUGUAAAGGUUGAAAAAGAUCUGUAUUAUAAGAUUUUAGGAUGACCUAUAGUAAUUUAAAUUAAGUUCAAUAAUGAUGGGGAAAUGAUGAUUUAUGAAUUAUAAAAAUAAGAACUAAUGCUUCUGUUGUCUCAUAUUUGUGUGAGUGGCAAGAUGAUGAUAUUCUGGAAAUCAAAUAAAUAUGGUAGGUAAUUGCUAAGUUACGUAGAAACUUGGAAAGCUGAUAUUUAAAAGAAGUAUUCUAAUCAAUUUAUUUGUAGUAAGAAUUUUGGGAACUUUAUAGUUAUUUAUAAUAAGAAUAAUAGGUUUCUUUUAAUUUAGUCAUUUUUUUAUGAAUUGGGAAACAGUAUAGGUUUAUUUAUUCAUCUUAUUAUAGUACAGGUUUUUUAAUGUUACAUGUUAUGAUUUGAGCUCCCAACUUAUAUUUGGGGUACAGCAUUUUGGGAAUUUGAAAGUUAAGUUUGUUUUUAAUGAACACUUGGGAAAUUGUCUAAAACUUGGAAAACUUUGUCAUACUUGGCUCUUUUAUUUGUUAUGAAAAAAAUAAAGUUUUUACUAUUUUAAGUAAGUCAUGUUUGUAUCCUAUUUUAUGAAGAAAACAGAAUAACUAUGGGAAGUGCCAGACACUAAAGAAUUUAUUGUUUAUUGUUUUGACAUAUGUGAAAAGGGAUUAAUUAUUUCUGCUAAAAUUUAAUGUAAGUCAGAAUUUUAAUAAAUUUUCCUGAUGAACUAUUUAAGACUUGAAAAUACUUUGCAUGUAUUAAAACUAUCAUAAUUUGUAAUUUAAAAGCAAAAUGUUCCCAUAUUAUAUCA